AAAUUACGAGUUUCUAUGAAAGUUUUGGCAUUAUACGUCAGAUGUCAAUUUCAUUUGACGUUUGUUGUUUUAUUGGUGUUUUUAAUCUGUGCCAAUACGUUUUUAGAAGAUAAACAAACAGACAGAAUAAAGAUGGCUGGUGUUGCAACAGUAUUGAAGCCGCGCGGCGUCGCGUGCGCAUCUUCUAGUCAUAGAUUAAGCCUGUGUUUUGUUUUUGUUUUAUUAUUAGGUAUCCCAAGUGCACAUUCCCAGUUAGAAAAGCUGUAUAUAAGUGAAACGGAUCUCAACAUCCUCGUGGAUGACACGCAUCUCAUGAAACUGAUACAAAUUGGACAAUACAAUGAGAGUCUACAAGUGACUGCGAACAUCCAACACCCGGACAUCGUGCAGUUUGUCCCCCAAACUAUAGACAUUCCAGGGUCUAAAGAACCGAACACUACAGUGAAGAUCACAUACGAUAUCUGCGCAUACGCAAAGAGUCCAGGACAUUCUGAGGUCACAUUCAAUGUGACACCAGCUGGUUAUGUCAACAUGGACACAGUGUUCCUCCGAAUCACAGUGAUGCACUCCCACGCAAUCAACGUAAUCUCCUACAUCAUGGGCUGGAUCUACUUCGCGGCCUGGUCGGUUUCGUUCUACCCUCAAAUCUACAUCAACUUUAAGAGGAAGAGCGUCGUUGGACUAAACUUCGACUUCUUAGCCCUGAACAUCAUGGGUUUCACUAUGUAUUCCUUGUUUAACUGCGGUCUUUACUUCUCUAAGGAUAUUCAGAGUGAGUACUUCGCCCGUCACCCUCGCGGCCUGAACCCGGUACAGCUGAACGAUGUGUUCUUCUCACUGCACGCCGCAUUCGCCACACUCAUCACCAUCACUCAGUGCUUCAUCUAUGAGCGCGAAGACCAGCGAGUCUCGACGACAGGCCGCAGCAUUCUCGGCGUGUUCACAGCGGUGGUGAUAGUCUCGGCCGGAGUCGGCGCCGCCGGCAAACUCGCGUGGCUCGACUUCCUCUACUACUGCAGCUACAUCAAGCUCUCCAUCACGCUCAUUAAAUACGUACCACAGGCUUACAUGAACUACAAACGCAAAUCAACAGUCGGCUGGAGCAUCGGCAACAUUUUCCUAGACUUCGUGGGUGGUUCCCUGUCCAUAUUACAGAUGGCGCUGAACGCGUACAACUAUAACGACUGGAUCUCUUUCUUCGGCGACGCGACCAAAUUCGGCCUCGGCUUGUUCAGUCUUGUCUUCGAUAUAUUCUUCAUUCUACAACACUACGUGUUCUAUAGGGAGGCUCGGUACAUUCUACUACCUGGAGCUACCUCAACAGAAGACCUAACUCAUGAAGACCAGGAGCAGCCAUCAGAGGAACCCUACCAAGGCGCUCCGGCGUAACCUCAGGAGAAAACACUCGGACAUACUCCUAUCUCUUUCACUAUCACCAAGAAGUGCUAAGGUGUGAGAGAGAAAGAAGAUGGUGCCUAUACGAGGUAUGGAGAUUUUCCUUAAAUGGAGAAUUUGAUGAUGAAUGGAGAAGGACGGUGUUCUUAUUGGUGGGAAAAGAUCACCACCCCCAAGAUUUAUAUUAUGCGGGAAUGUGGGAUAUAUAACAUAGCUCAGAAAAGUGGGUGUUAUAUCUUAAUAUACUACAUAUUUGAUGCUAAAAGAGGUAAUGUAAUGUUAUAAUGAGAGGGUAGAAACAUGAUGGGUAUUUGAGGAUUGUACCCAAAUGUCUAGAUAAUCUAAAUAAAGAUUGGAAGGCAAUAAUGAAACGCGGAAACUAGUUGAAAUGUAAACUCCGAAUUAAAUAAACAGUAAAUUAAAUUAAAAUAAACAUGAAUGCGUGGUUUAUAGACACGCGUAUCGUCAACGAUAAAAGUCAGCAGUUUUUAAAUUAUAAUGUUCGUACAUUUUUUCUUUCUUUUAAUAAAUAAAGUUGUUUCGAUAGUAAUGUAAGCUAGUAACUGAUAUGAUACGGCUACAAACACCGUUCGUCAACCACUAACUAUUAAAAAUAUAUUUCAAUUGUUAAGCCUUUCACUGCCAACAAAAAACUGUUAAGGCUAUUCCACUAGCGUCGGUCAGCAUUAUCCGACAUGGCCUCUAAUGUGUUAAAUGUUUAGAAUAACAAUAAUUUCUGCGAUGAAAGAAGGAAAUGCUCAUAAGGUCAUGUAUCGUAAUAAAAGUGAUAAUCCCAAUGUCCUCAUCUUCAUAACAGACCCACUAUUUAAAACUUCAUUGCUGAUCUAAAUAAUUUUUCGGAGAAAUUACAAUUAGGUAAUCUAUCUUACAAAGAAACACCUCAGUAACAAUGCAGUACUUAUUCAAAUUAUCAUUAUAUGGCUUAUCUUAUAAACUAUAAUUUCAACUAAAACCUCUUUUAAUAAAAACGCCUUCAAAGUGAUACAAAUAAAACAAUACCUUCACACAGAACUUAGUGAUAAAUGAGUGAAGUGUGAAUGAACAAUGGAAAAUGUGACUUAUGCUCCAAGUGAUAAGUGUGCAAAUGAAGUGGAGACAAGACAAUAAAACGUGCGAUGUUUUUUUUUAUUGAAAUAAGGAUUUAAUUUUAAUGUAGGCUUAGUUUAAUGUUUAUUGUAUUUACUCUGGGAUCAACAUAUGUGGCAAUUUAAUAUAUGUAGGUAAUAAUUAUGUGUAAGCAAUGUAUUAUGGGCUAACAAUUAUUUUUAAUGUGUUUAAUAAUAAUAAUGGAUCUUAUUACUUUUUGUUUAUACUGUAUUAAUUAAUAUAUUUGACAUGUAUUUUGUUAAAAUGGUGAUGAUCUGUAGUCUGUAUUUAAGUAGCAUUUUAAUUUUGAUUAUGGCACAGGUUUCAAAUAUUUUUCAAUAUCAACGAAGGAGUUGUUUCUUAACAAAACAUACAAAAGCUUUCGCAUUUAUAAUAUUAGUAGGAUUGAAUUUUUAGAUUUUGACAUUAUCAGUAAAUGUAUUGGUGCUCCAAUUAAUUGUAUAACUGCCACUGCCAACUCAGAUACAUUUAAUGAUUACUUAAAAUAUUGCUUAGUAAAGAUUUUGUCCCAGAAACAGUUGCUAAGGACUGGGUUAAGUAACCAUUGAACGACUAGGGAAACUAAUAAAAAGUGCUCAAUAGGUAAAUCGACGUCUUCAUAAACCUGUGUCUUACUAUACUUAUAACAAAAUAUAAUCAAUUGUAUUUAUACUCUUUAGUUUAGUAUAGAUGUAGUCCUAGUGUGUAUUUAAUUGUAAUCGUAUUGUUAUUUAAUGUAUUUCUAGUUAUAAUAUUAUGUAACAUGAUCUGUGAGGACUUUGUGGACGAUUUAUUACUUUCCUUAGAACGAUUUUAUAAAGGCUGGUAACACACUUGUCACGUGAUUUAUCUACUGGUUUGCCCCCAUCCCGUCUAAAAUUUUCUUAAUUUUUUCUACUUUUUGAUAAUUUUCAUUUAUUAUAACAUACAAACUUGGGCGAAAUCAACAAAAUAAUUUACAUCUGUUAAGUCCCUACGCCUUGUCUAUGUCCUAGACAUAUAAAUGAUUCACCAAACGACAUAACUCGAGAUGAUACAAAGCCAUAAUCUUACGCAAUACAGAUCAGGAUCAUGUUGCAUUCAUUUAUUAAUUGUUAUACAUAUUGUGAUUGUAAUACAUUCCACUGUUUAUAUCGUCUGUAUUAUCUACUUUACAAAUACAGUUCAUUUAAAUAUUUUCUGAAUAAAAACAACAGAAGAAAUUACAAUCAGUAUCAGAAAGGAGAGCAGAAAACGUUUGAUUUGGUGGUCUUGGUAUUCUUUCAUGGAUAAUGAACCUUAUUAUAAUAUGUUAAAGGUUGAAAAUCUAUUGAAGGCGUCUGACAUGACAGAGAAUUGUAUCAACAGUCCGUAAUAGUUCACUUCUGGGCUAUGGAUCUCCUUUACAUAGAAGGGAUGUCAUAAUAACAUAAUCAACCUUAUUGCAAAAUGACAAGGUUGAAAAUCUAUUGAAGGUGGUGUGACAGAGUCUUGUAUCAACAGUCCACUUCUGGGCUAUGGACCUCCUUUAUGUAGAAUGCCGUAAUCUUCAUGCUUAGCAGGUUGGUUGGGAGAUCGCAGCUUUAAUGGGUUAGGUUUAUCUGAGAACCCUCUGUCCAGUACUCUUAGUAGAAGUUAAAGUAAUCGAAACGAGAACGCGUUCGGUGCUCUGAUUGGUUGGUUUAUUUGAGCCGGACAAUCAGAGCACCGAACGCGUUCUUGUUUGAAUUAACACGGAUAGAAAAAUCCCAACGAACAACAGUUGGGCAGAAAGCCCGCCAAGCACGAUCACCUCGCCUGGUCGGAGGAUUCUCCUUUUCUUAGGGAACUUUACUCUCUGUUCCCUAAAUUUUAAACGUAAAGCAAACUCGUACUAAGGGUACUGUAUAAGUAAUGUAUUCUACCCUACAAGUAAAUGUAUUUAUAAAUAUGUAAUUUUGGUAUUAAAUAAUCAAAUUAUAAUCCUUGUUUAGAUAUAAGUAGACAAUGUUUGAAGCAAUAUUUUAUCUUAUGUCAAUGUGCAGUGUAAUCACAUUUGUUUAACUCAUACAUUUUUAUAUUUAAAUAUUUAACCUGACAAUUAUGAAAGCAAUACUUAAUUAAAGAUAUGUACUUGUGUUAUCAUUGUAUGUUGUAUGUCUAGAUGUAAGGUGAUGGCAGUGUAAUUUGUAUUUUGUAAUAAAUUGUAACUUGUAA